CUUCACGGAAUUUAUUGCCCCACUCCCGAUUAUACGUGACUGCUACUGUGGUUUGUGAACUCUUUUAUCUUAGAAGUACUAAGUUGCGAUCAAAAUGGCAGAAGUGGAAUGGCCGUGGCAGUAUUCGUUUCCGCCGUUCUUUACAAUCCAGGUUCAUAAUGAGACUAGAACGAAACAGAUUGCAGCUUGGAGGAGCCUGAUUCUAGAUUACCACAAAAUUACGAAACAUUGCAUUUUAGACACAAGAGAGGCACAAAGAACAGCUCUGUUCAACAACACAGCAAUUGACAGAAAAUUGCCACUAGAAGGGAUUGUGACAAUCCUGGAGGAUUUAGCUCGGACAGGCAAUGCACAGCCCCUGGAUAAGCAAAAACAUAGGUGGCAGAUAUAUUGGCACACCUUGGAGGAAUGGGCAGAUCUGGUAUAUAGCUGGGUACAGAGGUGUGGGAUGAUGAAUACUGUCUGCACACUGUAUGAGAUCACAGAUGGGGACAACUCAGCAGAUGAAGAAUUCCAUGGCUUGGACACGGAAAUUAUGGUUAAAAUACUACAGACACUGGAAGUAAGCAAGAAAGCCGAACUGUUCGACGAUAAUCAAGGCGUAAAGUUCUUUUAAUAAGGGUAUACGUGUGCAUUUAUACCACAGACUAUUAUAUUGCGCUGUGUUUACUGUAUUCGUUCAUUUGUUUUUGAAUUCGCUGAUGUCGAUAGGUGGCGUUGUAAUUUUGGGUAACGUUUUGUCGGCGUAGGUAAAGGAAGGUUGUCUUUUAAAUAUCACUUAUUGCUCGGCGUAUAUUACUUUCACUUAUCAUCAGCAAUAGCAAGAAGAAUUGAAGUGCCCAGUGGUGGUUUGUAGCUUUCUGAGAAAGAUUCAUUGUGCCAUUAGAGGUGAGUGAAAAGCGUCUCGUGCUUGAUGGCACGUAAAUAAGCGGAGGCCGGCGUGACUGCGUUCAAAUAGAGGCCAGUCAAUAUUUUCAAGGACAGUCUGUGCAAGGACGUUAUUGUAUUUUACUAGAGUAGGUGAUUAAUAUUGCUAUUAAUGUAUAUAGGGAGGUCACAUUUGGAGUAAUAGAGCAUGAAUGCCACUGCUUAUUGAAUCCAUAUUUAGGUUAAACCUUCGAAGCUGAAGCCAUCUAAGUAACGAAAACCAGGGAUUUUCAACCUACCGGUUGGAUGCAACCUAUCGUUGUGGUUUGUGUGACACGUACGUUAUUUAAUGUCUAGCGUGUCAGUCUGUAUGAUUAAACAUGUUUCCCCAA